CUUGGCCUUGGACCCUAUGCGACCGGGGUCGGACCACGACGCUUUUGUCUGGCGGACGACAUGGUUGCGCCGGCGGUUCCAAGCGGGGCGCAUCGUGAAUGCCGGGGAAUACCUCCUCGGUGACAGUGGCUACCCCUUGGAGCCGUGGCUCCUGACCCCGGUUCCUGGCCAUCCUCCAGUGCACACAGCCGAGGGGCAGUACAACACAGCACAUGCCGCCAUGCGUUCCGCAGUGGAGAGGUGCAUUGGGCUCUUAAAGAGCCGUUUCCGCUGUCUUCAGCGAUAUCGCACCCUCCUCUACGAGCCGGAACGUGCAGCCAACAUUGUCGCGGCAUGUGCUGUGUUGCACAACCUUCGCCUUUCUGAAGGCGACGAGUCAGGCGAUGACAGUGAUGAAGACAGCAGCAGCGGCAGUAGUAGUAGUGAGCUUGACAAUAACGGCGACCCCAUGCCACACAGUCUGCCCCGUAACACGGGCUCUAGAAUGCACUACUUGAGAGGGCGGGCUGUUCGCGACAAUGUCAUUGGCAUGUUUGGCACAACCCGUGCGCAGCACAUGCGUUACUUGAGGAGCGUGCGGCGGCAGCUGCGACGUCAACAGCAGCGUCAGCAUCGCUAGGUGCAUGCACACAGUUUUUAACUAAUUGCAUA